AUGCCUGGUCGCGGUCGCGGCAGACCAAGAAAAUCGGUCUUGGUUGCAAAUGCAGAUGAGGCAACGGCAGAAGAGGCACCCCAGCAGGUGUCUAAGCAGGCGCCCGGACAGGCGCCUGAGCGGGAGGCCCCCCGUCGUCGUGGAAGGCCCAGAAAGAAUGCCCCAGAGUCAAAGCCAGAAGAGAGACUUGCUCCGGCACCCGAGCAGGAGCCUGAGCAGAAAACCCCGCGGCGUCGUGGAAGACCCAAGAAAAUCGUUUCAGAGCCCAAAACGGAACCUCUGGUGGAUGAUGACGAGAAGCCAUCACCUCGCCCGCGCGGCCGACCCCGAAAGUCAGAUGCCAAUACACCUUCGGGCGGAUCCGACAUUGCAGCACCUCGCCAGAGUAGCAGUCAUUCGAACUCCAACACUAGCGAUGCUAACAUCAUCGCUUCUCCUUCUGUUCCUGCGUCUUCUGCAGCCGUGGACAACGUCAUGAGGCCCACCCCCCGUCGAGGCCGACCUCGAAAGUAUCCACUGCCUCACCUAGAGUCUGCCUCGCCUGCUUCACCCACUCCGCCUGCUGAGCAGCAGACUCCCGGCAGUCGGCGCCGUGGACGACCUAGAAAGAUUCAGAUCCCCGCUUCGGCGGCUCAGAAAUCAGAUAUCAAGGACAAUGCUGCCGUUUCUGAAGAGGCCGGCCCUAGCUCUGAGACCAAGCCGGCUUCGGAUAAGAUCAAGCCAACGCCUCGCCGUGGCAGGUCCAAGAAGAUAACUGCCAGCAACGUCGACAAUUCGCCCAGCACCAGUUCCCCUGUCGUUGCUGCGGUUAAACCCUACACUAGUCGCCCUCGUGGUAGACCCAGAAAGUCAACCGGCAAGAAGUCGCCCGGCCGUCCGAAAAAGGUUGCGUUUUCGAAAGAUAAGAACUCUUCGAACGACAACGAAGCCGAGGAUGACGCCGAGGAUGAUGCCAGAGAUGAUAUUGAAGAAGAGGCCGAGAACCUAACUGAUGAUAACACCACGGACAGAGACAACCGUUCCACGAAUAGGGAGAACGCCGACGUUGCCGACAUGUCUUCGAGACCAACAGAUCAAGGUGCUAGCAAGCCCUUCAACUUGAGUGACUGCACUGGAGUCUAUGUCCUGGAAGAUGCCAAGAAUCCGGGCGUGGAAGUUGGCACGGUCGAUAUCAGUAUCGCCGUGGAUGGUAACGACAUUCUGGCAGCUUCGUUUUGCUUUGGUCACGAAACGAAGAUCACCAUGCGGCUGGCUGUCUCUAAGUCAAAGCUGGAUCGCUUCAUCUGUAAACAGGAGGAAGAAGAAUAUAGGGAGUUCAUCGAUAGUGACAGCGCCAGCGGCCCGGCCUCGGUAAACGCGCUCGGCAAACGUAAGGCGCCAGCUACGAGCACCGGAAACGGAGGCCCCGCCAAGAAGCAGGUGAAGCUUUCCGGCCCGCCACGCCUCCAUUUCACCUACCGCGGCCGCUACAAGGACAACAUCGUCCCUCAGCUCAAGUUGGGAUAUCUCGACUUUGACGACGAUCAGUACAAAUCCUUCGCAAUGACUGCUCCGCUAUACGAUGGGGACGCCGUUAAUUUUGUGGGCAUUUUCUUCGGCGUCACGGCCGGGCAGCCGGGACGAUGGAAUGACUACUCCGAGGCUGCAGCUAAGACUAAGAAAGCCCGCCUCUCCAACUAG